AAGGAUGUUGCACAGCCGCGAAUCAAACAUUCCCUGCACCCUUUUCCUCUCUCCACUUUCGCGCCUAUGCCUCCCCGCGGGAAUACGGGCCUGGACUUUACGCCUAUCCUCACCCACUAUGUCUUUCUGCUAACCACUAUCUUGGCCAUAGUCGCCUGGUUUAUUGCCUUCAUCGGACAAGCUGUCUCCACAGCAGCACAUGGCAAUGGUUCUGUCGGUGUCCUUUGGUUCGCAAUAUGGCUGCAACUUGCUUUGAUCCUGGGCGUCAUAUACACACUCGCAGCCGACUCAAUAGCCAUGCAUCGGUUCCAAAUCUCCACAUUCGGGGCCGUUGCCAUCGUUUUCUCCGUGCAGGGUGUGAACCAGGGCAUCUUCACGGGGGUCGGCUCCCUCGACGCCAUGGCAGCCGGCUGGCUCAUCCUCGCCAUGGUCAACAUCGUCUGGGUGCUCUACUUCACAUCCGAGGAAGACUCCCUCACCCUCCACAUCUUCAACCUCAUGGGCACGGGUGGACUGACGCCUCCCUCGCGGCGUCGCCGUACCCGCCAACCCUCGAUGAACGACGGAAACGGUUAUUCAAACAACUACGCCUCGGGGGGUGGGAUCGGCUCGCACGACAUGGGCAUGGGGUACGACGCCAAGAUGGGGAGCGCGAUUGGCAGCGGCAUGGGCAUGGGCAGCCAGGCUGACCGUGUCGGUGUCAGGAGUCAAAACAGCUACGGCGGAAGCGAGCCUGGGAUGGGGACACGGAGUUUGGGAACUGGUGGCGCGGGAAGUGUGUCGAACCUAGGACAGGGGGGACCCGGAUCCGUCGGCGGCGGCGACAAUAGUGCCUCCUCGCCAUUGAUGAACUCAGGCGGUGCCAUCGCUGCGCCUGUGGCCGAUCCCGGUGCCUCCAACUCUGCGGGUGACGCGGCGGGAGGAUCGUACCUGUACAAAGCAAAGGCUUUGUAUGCUUAUACCGCCUCGAGCGAUGAUCCCAAUGAGAUAUCCUUCAACAAGGGCGAUAUCAUGGACAUUCUGGACAAGCAAGGCAAAUGGUGGCAGGCCAAAAAAGCCGAUGGCUCGAUUGGAAUCGCACCAUCAAACUAUCUACAGAUUAUUUGAAGCUUGUCUAUAAUGAAUGUACGACGGACCGCCUAUUUACGAUGAUACCUCACGCACUUACGCUUCCACUGACUCGGUAAUGAAUCGAAACUCUGUUGUAUGAUUAGGGCUCUGCUAGCACUGACCAGUCCGCCCUGCACUUUACACAGCCUGCGUGUGGCACCUGGGUUUCCCAACUUCAUUUGGCAAGUAUGUAGUGCCGUCGUCCAAGCCAUCGGACCUUAUAAAAACCUUCUUGAUAUGUACGUACUUAGUGUGAGAGGAGACGAGACGUAUGUGUCCUGUAUGUUUCGAGUGUUGCCGGCCGCUUGUUGAGCGCGCUAUCGCCAUCAACCGGGCAGUUCAGCUAUGAACGUGUCCUAAGUAUGGGCUUCCCAGCACCAAGUCGUCCCCAUUUUAGUUAUACAACAUGGGAACCAUCCAUGUGACAAUAGGUUUCUUCUUGGUUUCUGUGCUUGGUGCUACACAUUGCGGUUAAUAUAGAUAAAGGUCAGAAUAUCAGCGCCUGCGUCGGCCCGCUCCACCGCCACCGAGAACGACAAGCUUGUUCCCCCGCUUCUUUCCAGAGGUCACACGUGACUCCAAGUCGUCCCAAGCAGCCUCCAUCUCCCAGUCAUCUUCCUCUCUCCACCGCGGCGCUGCACUGGGCGCGCGGGCAGCCGCAGGCUGGUGCGUCGCACUCGAGCUCGAAUGAGCUGCGGCAGCGAAAGUGCGAGCUCCCCAGACCCCAGACGGCUGCUGCGACUCCUGGGGAGCAACGACGACUUCAUCCCGCACGGGCGCCACCGGCUGGGAAGCAAACGUCCACGUUGUCGUCGUCGUGGCUAGCACCUUGUCGCGCUCGCGCUCCUCGGCGCGGGCACGGGCCCGGUCGUCCUUCUUACCCUUCUCUUUGCGGCGCCCAGCACGCAGCUUCAGAGCGUUCUCGAAGCUCUUGAGCCCAGACUCGCCCACGACCCCGUGCAGAUUUGCUUCGACAAAAACGACAUCGGCGCCUUCGGGCAUGUGUGCGAGAUACUUGCAACGUUUGCGCAGAUCAUCAUUCACUGUGCCCUCGCUGGCAGCCUCGAUUUGCACCGUUAUCAGAUCGGGGAAAGACGAGUAUCCGCCGAAAUGAGACAACAAGAUCUUGAUGUCCAGCGGAUGUAGGAAGACAGGCAAGCCCGACGCAGCUUGGUAGUAGUAAUACGUCGAAGUCGAGGGUGGUGGCGGAUUCACGUUGCGCCUGGAACGAUUCCCACGUCCAACAACCGAAUCGGACGUGAGAGCGAGAAACUCGUGCGGGGCUGCCUCAGAUUGGGGUGCUGCUGCUUCCUGCUUGCGUCGAUUUCGUUGCGAAACGACCCGGUCCUCGAUCUCCCGCAGAUCUCUCGCAGCGCGAUCUAUCUUCUCUUGCAAGAACGGACGUCCACGAACACGAUUCCCAGAGGAUCGGACAUCGAAGACAGCAACCGCCGCUCGGACGCGAGCUCGUCUAGAUCUCGUGUUAGAUCUGUGAUGAGGAAGUGGAACGGCGCCUGAUGGGGC